CUCACACACACACACACUCUCUCUCUACAGUCCUUACAGUCCAGACCAGCUUUGUUCAUACCAGCUCAGGUAACAACCCGACUACUCCGCUGUUCACCCCACGUCAGCUGGACAACUCACAACAUCGGUGGCCCAUCCCACUGUCAACCCCUCGCACCUGUCAACACCCUACUCCUCUCCUGAAGGCCUGCAGAGUGCCUCUGCCUCUGAACGCAGGAGGGAGUGAAGCUCAGAAGCAGAGAAGAGUUAGGAGACUGAGCUCCCCGACCAGUUGACUCUACCCUGGGGCAGCCAUCAUGGACGCCCCCCUUGGCCCGGAGGUAGCGCUGCCCGCCGCAGGUGCACGCGAGGAGACGGUGUGCGAGGCUCUGGGGCGCUUCGAGGCGACGCUGCGCGCGGCGGUGAGCGAGGUGCACGUGGACGUGAGCGCGUUCAAGCGGGGGAUGGAGCGGAGGGUGGACGAGGCCUGCAGGACCAGCGCACCCCUGCUGGAGGCUGUGACGCUGCUGCAGCACGAGAACCAGCAGCUCCGGGGGCAGCUGGAGACUCUUACCCGCCUGGUGGAGGCUCUGGCUGGGGCACCGGUUGAGAGGAGCCCCCUGGGGGGGGAGGAGAGGAUGGGAGAGGGGCAUGGACUGAUCCAGGCCCAGCCCCAGGCCCAGGCCCAGCCCCAGGCCCAGCCCCAGGCCCAGCCCCAGGCCCAGCCCCAGGCACAGCCCCAGGUUGGCUCCUCUCCUCUGGGCUCUGUGGGUAGCAGCCAGCCCAGUCAAGCCGCCUCCACCCUCCCAGCCUCCUCAGGGUCAGAACUCCCCUGGAGAACAGGACUGCGUUCUGGACCCGGUCCCAGUUCCGGUACCCACCCAUCAUCUCCUGCCUUGUCAGCCCACUUGUCUCGGACUCUGUCCAACCAGGGAGUUGAUGUGACAGCAGCCGAGCGAGAGAGCAUCUCCUUCACCACAGUCCAGGAGAACGGGAGACACACAGGGCUGGAGAGCUCUUUGAGGUCACAGCGAGAGACAUCAUUGGUGGACAGCGAGGUGUCCCAGGACCAUUCAGCUGUGGUCCAGACCAGGCCUCAUCUCCCUCUCACUGCCAUUACCAAGACUAGCCUUGACCCUCCCCCCAGCCCCGGACAAGCCUCACCCCCCAGCCCCGGCACAGACCAGCCUCUUAGCUCUGGUCCCCAGCCUCUAGUCUUCCCUCCCCAGACUCUAUCCUCUCCUCCCCAAACUCUAUCCUCCCCUACCCAGCCUCCAACCUCCACUCCUCAGCCCCUAACCUUCCCUACACAGCCUCUAACCUUCCCUACACAGCCUCUAACCUUCCCUACACAGCCUCUAGUCUCCCCUACCCAUCCUCCAACCUCCAUUCUCCAGCCUCUCACCUCCCCUACCCAGCCUCUAACCUCUCCUCCCCAGUCUCCUGCAUGGACCUCACCUGAUACAGCUGCUCUUAAACCGGGGGAAUAUCCUUUUAAACGUGGGCCGGCUCUUAUGACAUCCAGUCCAGGUCUUAAACGAAGCGUGAGCUUUCCUCAGUCAACAGAAAUACUACCAUCCAGAUCCGUAGGGAAUUCUGGCUUCUCCCCUGGCAUCACCAAGAAGGUGCAGGGAGCGGUGAGCCCGUCUCUGAGUGGUGUUGGUGUGGAGCGCAGGAGAGAGCUGGUGAGGUCCCAGACACUGCCUCGCUCCAGCGGGACCCAGGCCAAACGAGCCGUCUUUGAGAAGCUGGACUCUGAGCCAGGCAGGCCCCAGGCUCAGGACUCCAGGCCCAAACUGAAGCGCUCCCAGAGUUUCGGUGUGUCCAGCGCCAGCAGCAUCAAGCAGAUUCUGCUGGAAUGGUGUCGCUCCAAAACCAUCGGCUAUCAGAACAUAGACCUCCAGAACUACUCGUCCAGCUGGUGUGAUGGCAUGGCCUUCUGUGCCCUGGUACACUCAUUCUUCCCUUUGGAGUUUGACUAUAACACACUGAACCCGGCCAACAGGAAACACAACUUCGAAGUUGCCUUUACUACAGCAGAAGAACAGGCUGACUGCGUGAGACUGAUCGAGGUGGAGGACAUGCUGGUGAUGGGGAACAAGCCUGACCCCAUGUGUGUGUUCACCUACGUGCAGUCCCUCUACAACCACCUGAAGAGGUUCGAGUGAUCAAAACAAACGUACCCCAUCAUCUUCCUAGCUACUGCAACCGCUACCGCACCCGCUACCGGAAAGUGAAGCGCUCUCUCACCACUGCUGCGUCUGUAACGGAAAGCUCCGUCCAGUGAUCCCGCUAUGUUGGAUUUGUUGCUGAUCAUCACUGUUGACAUGUACAAUUGUUGUCGUGGUUGUUUACAAUAUUACUAUUGUAAAAUGUACACCGGAGUUACAACUCUUUUUGCGAGAACGUCAUGUGCUGUAAAUACGAUGUGAAAUUGCCUCGUUUGAAAUAACGAGGUAUUGCAUGUGUAAUUAAAUGUGUGAAUCUGGACAUAAAGUGUAUAGUUUUGUAUACAACGCAGUUCUUGAUAUAGUAUCGCCUGCUGGUCACAUCCUCUUGACCAAUAUUGGUCAAAUAGAUUGUGGGUUAAAGGUUAACUACCUGUCUCAAAAUAAACAUACAUUUACCCACUCCCACCAUGUAUAUUUAAAGCAUUCAGGUUAUAAGUUGUGAAUACCAUCAACUGGUAUCGCAAUAGACUUGUAGAACACUAUUAGACAAUGUGAAAUGGUAAACCGUUCAUUGGUCGGUUACGCAAAGUAUAAUUUUUUCUGUUAACGUAUUAUGUCUCAAGCAUAAAUAUGAUUUCUGGCUCUUACAUCAUAGAGAUGAAACGACCGACACGAAAUGUAUAAAGGGUGUUCUUUUAUUUCAAAUUAAUAAAUCAUAAAUCACUUUG